AUGAAGCCACCUCUUAUUCUUGGACUCAACCCUUCACAUUGCCUUGGAGUUCCCAACUGUAUGACCACGGAUAUUAUGCAUCUCACUGGUAACCUCAGUGACCUCCUCAUUUCUCUCUGGCAUGGAACAAUAGAUUGUGCUGCUACAGAUGAUGUAACUAUGUGGGAUUGGGCAGUACUCCAUGAUGUGGAAGCUUGGAGUGCACAUGGGGAGUUGGUUGCACAAGUGGGUCUGUUUCUUCCUGGUUCUUUUGAUCGCAAACCACGCAAUAUCGUGGAAAAACUCAACACAAGUUAUAAAACUUGGGAAUUCCAACUUUACACCUUUGGUCUCGCUCCCGGCCUACUCUAUAAUGUCCUUCCUGAGCGAUAUUGGAGGAACUACUGCAAGCUUGUUAUCACCAUUGAGCAUAUUCAAGAAGCCCAAACACUCUUGUGUAAUUGGGAAUAUGAAUUUGAACUCCUGUAUUACAGACGACGCCAAGAUCGCAUCCACUUCAUCCAUCCCUGCAUUCACCAAACUAACCACCUUGUUGCAGAGACUGUUCACAAAGGCCCCCCUAUUUGUUAUGCACAGUGGACCAUGGAGCACACUAUUGGGAACCUUGGACAAGAGAUACACCAACCAUCUCGCCCUUACGCCAACCUGUCGCAAGAGGGUGUUCAACACUGUCAAGUUAAUACACUUCUAUCUGCCAUCCCAGAGCUUGAUGAACCUUCCAAAGGUCUUCCAAUAGGUGCAAUAGACUCAGGAGAUGGAUUUGCAUUAUUGUGCAAACAUGACAGAUAUGCAUUCAGUCCAGUUGGAGGUGUGGCACAAGCCAUACUUGACUAUCUUGGAGAUGGGUCGACACUUCCUCGUAUCAAACAUUGGGCACAACUCCUCUUGCCCAAUGGACAGAUUGCACGGUCUGUCUGGAGAGAGACACUCAAACUGUUAGAUCAGACUCGCAUGUCAUGCAAUGUGAAAAUAAAAUAUCACAGGGAAGUUUGGUUCGGCAAAGUUCUAUACUUCACCAGGCUUUCAGUUGAAGCAGGCCUUGAUGAUGAUCGUGACUGGCGCUGGCACGAUGUUGCCCUUAUUCAGAUGUAUUCCCAUCCAGACAAUGACCUUCUCCAGCUCUCCUCACAUACCAUCACAUCUUGCUCCUGUCUUGAAGAUAUUUGCGUUGUUAGCAUAAAGCAGAUCCUAAGUGUCGUUGUGAUGAUUCCACACAAGCCUAUACUACCUUCUGGAGUUAUGGAUGAAGAAGGUUGA